AUGCAACCAACCAACGACAAGGUGCGUGAGAAAGUACGCGAGAAGGUAAUCGAAGCUUUAAAGAAAACAAGGGAAAUGGGUAUUCCUGAUGAAAAGACAACGCCAGUGCUUCAGCAGCUAAUGCGAGAGUCUGGUGAAAAUUGGGAAUACGUUGAAUUGGAUAACUAUAGUGCACUGAUCGACGCUAUUUAUUCUCAUGACGACGAUAAGCAAUGUGAAGAAGGUUCAUCUAAUGGCAAUAGAGGGAAGAAUCCUAUGGUCGUUGAGUCUCCUGCUAGUUCGAAGAAAAGUUACAAAACCCGUUCUGCAAACUCAGGUUCCUCCGUUCAGGUACCUCAGAAGCAGCCACAGCCUAGCGACGGUGAUCGCAAAACCCGUUCUGCAAACUCAGGUCCCUCCGUUCAGGUACCUCAGAAGCAGCCACAGACUAGCAACGGUGAUCGUAAGAGGAAAUAUAAUAACAGUAUGUCUGAUAUAACUAAAGGUUCAGAGAGCGUUCAAAUAUCUCUUGUCGAUGAUGUUGGGAUCGAGGAAGUGCCAAAGUUUACUUACAUCCCUCACAACAUUGUAUACCAAAAGGCGUAUGUGCACGUGUCUCUGGCUCGGAUUUCUGAUGAAGAUUGCUGCGCUAGCUGCAAGGGGGACUGUCUUUCAGCCGACUUUCCAUGCGCUUGUGCUCGUGAAACCAGUGGAGAAUAUGCAUAUACCAAAGAAGGGUUGCUAAAGGAAGACUUUCUGAAGACUUGUCUUAAAAUGCAAAAGGAACCCGAUACAUUCCAUAAAUUUUACUGUCAAGACUGCCCUUUAGAGAGAGAUAUCAUUAACGGCACACAAGGAAAAUGUGAUGGACACUUGAUCCGGAAGUUCAUCAAGGAAUGCUGGAGAAAGUGUGGAUGUGAUAUGCUGUGUGGAAAUCGAGUAGUACAGAGAGGGAUAAAGUGCAAACUGGAGGUUUACUUUACCCAAGAAGGGAAAGGUUGGGGUCUUAGAACACUGCAAGAUUUGCCGAAAGGAACCUUUGUCUGUGAAUACAUUGGUGAAAUAUUGACCAACACAGAGUUAUAUGAUCGGAAUGAAACCUCUAGUAGUGAACGGCAUACAUAUCCUGUAACUCUGGAUGCAGACUGGGGUUCUGAAAAGGAUCUACAAGAUGAUGAUGCUCUCUGCCUGGAUGCCACCAUUUGUGGAAAUGUCGCCAGAUUUAUCAAUCAUAGAUGCGAGGAUGCUAACUUGAUUGAUAUUCCGGUGGAAAUAGAGACUCCUGACAGACACUAUUAUCAUAUUGCCUUUUUUACCCUACGAGACGUCAAGGCCAUGGAUGAAUUGACAUGGGAUUACAUGAUAGACUUCAAUGAUAAAAGUCAUCCUGUGAAGGCAUUUAGAUGUUGCUGCGGAAGCGAAUUAUGCAGAGACAAAAAAACAAAAGGAUCUAAAGGCAAGUCUAUAGAAAGAAGAAAGAUUCUUCCUACUAGAAAACAACCAGGUCCUAGAGCGGUGGCUUUAAAGCGCAAAUGA